GCUGAAUCGUCGCAAAUAACUGCGCUUGAAAUCCUUCCACCCUUUUUCUUAUUUUUUCUCAAAACAAGUCAUAACACACACUUGUCUCCUAGAUUUUCUUCAACCACUCCUUUCUUUCUGGGAAGAAGCGCAUUGAACAUUGUGGUGAGAGAUGAGUUUGAGUAAUGGGAAAAUUCACCCAGCAUCUGUUGAGAAUGAUGAGAUGCGGUUCAAGAUCUUCGUGGGUUAUGACCCUCGUGAAGAUAUUGCCUUUCAGGUAUGUCGCCAUUCUAUAUUGAAAAGGUCUUCAAUUCCUGUUGAGAUCGUACCAAUUGUGCAGUCAGAUCUGAGAAAAACUGGCUUGUAUUGGCGUGAGAGGGGUCAAUUUGAGAGCACUGAGUUCUCCUUUUCAAGAUUCUUGACACCUCACUUGGCCAAUUACCAAGGUUGGGCCAUGUUUGUUGAUUGUGAUUUUCUCUACCUCGCUGAUAUUAAGGAAUUGAGGGAUUUGAUUGAGGAUAAGUAUGCUGUUAUGUGUGUUCAGCAUGAUUAUACUCCAAAGGAAACCACUAAAAUGGAUGGGGCAGUGCAAACUGUGUACCCGAGAAAGAAUUGGUCUUCAAUGGUCUUGUACAACUGUGCUCACCCCAAGAAUCGUGUUCUCACUCCUGACACUGUUAAUACACAGACUGGUGCUUUUCUUCAUAGGUUUCAAUGGCUUGAGGAUGCUGAAAUUGGGUCUAUACCAUUUGUUUGGAAUUUUCUUGAGGGGCAUAACAAGGUUGUUGAGAAUGAUCCCACUACUUUACCAAAGGCUAUCCAUUAUACUCGUGGAGGGCCAUGGUUUGAAGCUUGGAAGAAUUGUGAAUUUGCUGAUCUCUGGCUGAAUGAAAAGGAAGAAUACCUGAAACAAGCCAAAAAGGAAUCUACUGCGGAUUAGAUUGAAUCAGCUUAUGAGUUAUGACAUCAUGCAUGCAUUCCGAAUACUGUAGGCUUGUCGUUUGUUAAGAGUCAAUUAUGGCCUUUUGUUAUUCUUUUUUUCUUUCAAAUUCGUUAUGCAAAAUCCGGAUCUGAUGAUGCAAGUUAUGAGAGUAGGAGUAUCAUCACUGCUAGUCAUAUCUUUAUGGUUAUUGGUUAGUAUUCUUUACCGUAUUACGUUACAUUUACAUUGGCAUUUCAGAGCAAAUGCCCUUCAUGGAGUAUUUCAUUUUUUAUUUGUUUAGUGGCCUCCGUAUGCCCUUUUAGGAGGUAAAAGUACAACUCUGUAUUUGAAUAUUUUAAUGAAGGCUUCAGUGUUACAGAUUAUGUAUUGUUCUUUGCUUUUAAUUUAUGCCCGAUCAUUAGAUGAGCUCCAAUAUACGUUCCAGCUUCUGCCUGCUGUAUAG